AUGGUGAUAGACGUACCAUAUCUCAGAGACGACGAAAUCACGGAAUUUGUCGACUCUUUUGAUAAGGGCGGCGGCGGCGGUGACAUUGACCGCUCCGACUUGGAGCAGUGUCUCGAACAGACGCACAGCGAACUCGCCCGACAAUCAAACAACACGUCUUCCGUGGAAAAUGCACGCGUGCGCCGAGAUGCAUUCCGGGACAUGCUAGGAGCACCUGGGCCCCUUAUACCUCGCGAGUAUCUUUUCAGUCGAAUACGAAGCUGGAAGGUCCCGUCUCUCGUGCAGGUCAGGAAGGAGGAGAGACGACAAGAUGGCGUCUUUCAGCGUCGCGGCGCCUUGCGCCUCCUUCGUGCAUACUGGGCUGUCCACUGCUACGAAAUUGUUUUUCUUGCGUUUGUUGUUGCCACGAUAGCGGCUUCUGCAGCUGCGGAAGUAGUCAAGUACGACACGGUUCGCUACACCUCUGCCUUUGGUCCUGGCAUUGUGGUGGCCAAGGGAUGCACGGGAGCCUUGUAUCCGACAUUUUUCUUCAUGACUUUGAGCACAUUCAUCCAAGGCAGCGAGCCCAGAAACGAUGAAGCUGUCACUCGAGUGAUUGCACAAAAGUUGCCAGGUCAUCACUACAUCGAUUAUAUCCGCUCCAGAGCCGGAGCCACGGGCCUUACUGCGCUUGGCCUCUUCUACGUUGUCGCAAUGAUGAGCCUGCCUCGAAUGCGACGCUAUCACUAUAACCUGUUUCAGCUCGCUCACCUUCUGUUAUACCCGAUUCUCGCCUUGGCAAUUGCACACGGCACUUCUCAACUGCUCCAAGUAUCGAUCUUCGGCUAUAUACUGGCGCUGCCGACAUUCUUGUUGUUGUUUGAGAGAAUUUCCCGCAUAGCCCUAGGCUUCUACCUCAUCGACGCUUCCAUAGAACUCUCGACAAACGACACGAUCGAGCUAACUGCUCAAAUGCCAGAAUACCGCAUAUGGGACUACACGGCCGGUCAGUAUAUCUUGUUGCUGGUUCCGGACAUCAGCUCCUUUCAGUGGCAUCCAUUCACCAUCUCGUAUUGUCGCGACAAGACAAUCACACUUCAUAUAAAAACCAGCGGUGACUGGACUUCUAAGCUACGAGGUCUGGGCCCGACCAUCAAGGUUGCCAUAAACGGCCCAUUUGGUGCGCCAGCGCAGCGCUUUCAUGAUUUCCGGUACUCUAUCAUCAUCGGCGCAGGAGUUGGUAUCACACCGUUCUCGGCAAUCCUUGCCGAUCUGCAGCGGAAAGAUGAUUUGGACCAUGGAUGGCAGCACCGUCAACGAUUGGAAUCCGGAUACAAUACCUCAUCUUUAGAUACGGUGCCACCAUCUCCUGCCAAAAGCCUACAUCGAGGACACCGAAAGCAUCGGCGAACUGACUUUCACUGGAUUGUCCGCGACCGGCACAACUUAUCGUGGCUAUCUCAUCUUCUCAACCACGUUUCCAUGAGUCAGCAAAAUCGUCGCUGCCAACCAAACACCUCGCAGCUCGACAUCCGUAUCAACACACAUAUCACAGCCAAGCAUACAAAUAUUGUUGCCUAUAUAUUUAGCUGGAUUCUUGAAACAAGCCGCAGCGAUAAUCAUCCUGCCUCGUCUCUUACCGGCUUGCUCAACGCAACCAGCUUCGGACGCCCAGAUUUCGACAGUAUCCUGAACGAGCACUACGAAGACGUGCAAAAGCUAAAUUCGAGCCGAAACGAGUCUAAUAGAAAGCGAGUACGCAGCGAUGAUGGUGAAGACCAUGACCCCGAGCGCGCCGUCGGCGUGUUUUAUUGCGGUGCGUCAGAGGUUGGCGUCAUGCUAGCAGAUAAAUGCUGGCGGCUGACAGCCCGGGGUCGAGUUGAUGGAAGUCGCAUUACAUAUCAUUUUAUAGUAGAAUCAUAA